GACGCGCGUUUUCUCUACACCACUGCUUCACCACUCAACUCGAUACACUGAUAUUUCUGAACAACUCAUGGCUGGUCAGAGCACCAAGAUGGAUAUUGAUGAGGCAGCCAUUGAUGAAGGCCUCUAUUCACGUCAAUUAUAUGUCCUUGGGCACGAGGCGAUGAAGAGAAUGGCUGCAUCCAACGUUCUGAUCGUUGGUCUCCAAGGUUUAGGUGUUGAGAUAGCUAAAAACAUUGUUCUUGCUGGUGUCAAGUCUGUGACUGUAUUUGACCCAGAACUGAUCACCAUACAAGAUCUCAGUUCUCAAUUCUUCUUGCGCGUCAAAGAUGUUGGAAAACCUCGGGCAGAAGUUACUGUGCCUAGAUUAGCAGAAUUAAAUGCUUAUGUUCCGGUUAGAAAUCUGGGAGGUACCGCAGGCCAGGAAAUCACGGUGGACCUCAUCAAAGGCUUCCAGGUUGUUGUUCUAUGUGGGGUUCCGUAUAGCAAACAAUUGGAGAUAAACGAUUGGACACACGAGAACGGAGUCCAUUUCAUCGCAACAGAAACGCGUGGAUUAUUUGGAUCUAUCUUCAACGAUUUUGGACCGCGGUUCACCUGCGUUGAUCCGACAGGCGAGCAACCCUUGAGUGGUAUGAUCGUAUCGGUUUCGAAGGACAAAGAUGGCUUGGCUACUUGUCUAGAUGAGACGAGACACGGUUUGGAAGACGGCGACUUCGUGACGUUCUCCGAGGUGCAAGGAAUGACGGAGUUAAACGGAUGCGAACCUCGCAAAGUCACAGUCAAAGGCCCUUACACCUUCUCGAUCGGGGACACUACAGGUCUUGGGGACUACACAGCUGGAGGCAUUUUCACUCAGGUCAAAAUGCCCAAGAUUAUUGACUUCAAAUCUCUGCGUGAAUCGUUGCAAUCCCCGGAAUUCUUUAUCACGGACUUCGCGAAAUUCGACAGACCUGCCACCCUUCAUGCUGGUUUCCAGGCUCUCUCAGAAUUCUAUUCGCAGCAUAAACGUCUUCCACGUCCGAGAAACGCCGAGGAUGCAUCUAGUCUCGUUGCAAUUGCGAAGAAACUAGAGCCAGAAGUUGAUGAGAAAAUCAUCAUAGAGCUUGCUUACCAGGCAAGUGGUGACCUGGCUCCCAUUAAUGCAGUUAUUGGUGCGUUCGUUGCACAGGAAGUCAUGAAAGCAUGCUCCGCCAAGUUCCAUCCCAUGCUACAGCACUUGUACUACGACUCUAUGGAAUCACUUCCCCGACUUCUUCCCGAUGAGGCGGAUUGUCAACCAACGGGUUCACGCUAUGAUGCUCAAAUUGCUGUCUUUGGAAAGGUCUUCCAGGAGAAGAUCUCCAACUAUCGUCAAUUCCUGGUCGGUUCUGGUGCUAUCGGAUGCGAGAUGUUAAAGAACUGGAGUAUGAUGGGGUUGGGUACUGGUUCGCAGGGAUCGAUCCAAGUUACCGAUUUGGAUACAAUUGAAAAGAGUAACCUCAAUCGCCAGUUCCUAUUCAGACCUAAGGAUCUCGGCAAAUUUAAGGCCGAGGUUGCUGCAAGGGUUGUCUCGGAGAUGAACACAGAUCUGGCCGGAAAGAUUACCACAAGGCAGGAUGCCGUAGGUCCGGAUACAGAAGACAUUUACGAUGAGGAAUUUUUUAACAGCCUUGACGGCGUCACAAACGCAUUGGACAAUGUAAAAGCUAGACUUUACAUGGACCAACGCUGCGUGUUCUACAAGAAACCACUUAUGGACUCCGGAACUUUAGGCACCAAGGGUAACGUGCAAGUGGUCAUUCCCCACUUGACUGAGUCCUAUGCAUCUUCUCAAGACCCUCCUGAGAAGGAAACACCUUCUUGCACGGUCAGGAAUUUUCCCAAUGUCAUCCAACACACCAUCGAGUGGAGUAAGAAGCUAUUCGAAGACCUUUUCAUCAAGCCCCUUCAAGAAGUUAACGCAUAUCUGUCGGAUGCAGGCUACCUGCAGAAUACUCUCAAGUACUCCGGUCAACAGAAGCAGCAAGUUGAACAAUUACUCUCUCACCUCGUAACCGACAAGCCUUUGACUUUUGAAGAGUGUAUUGUCUGGGCUCGCCUUCAAUUUGAAGCCAGGUUUAACAAUGAAAUUCGCCAAUUACUUUUCAGUUUCCCAAAGGACGCAACCACUAGCAGCGGUCAGCCCUUCUGGAGUGGUCCGAAGCGCGCCCCCGAUCCAUUGACCUUCAACUCGAACGAUCCCUCGCAUCUAUCCUUCAUCAUCGCUGCAGCAAACUUGCAUGCCUUCAACUAUGGGCUCAAAGGCGACAACGAUCCCAACGUUUAUCGGAAGGUUGCAGAUUCCGUCAUCGUUCCCGAGUUUACACCUAGAAGUGGCAUUAAAAUCCAAGUGAACGAGAAUGAUCCCGUUCCCCUAGAGAGUGGCGGACCUGAUGAUAUCGAGGAGGUGGUGUCGAAGUUACCGCCACCUUCAUCGCUAGCAGGCUAUCGCCUGAACCCCGUCGAGUUCGAGAAGGACGAUGACACAAAUCAUCACAUAGACUUCAUCACAGCUGCUUCGAACCUUCGAGCAACUAAUUACAACAUCCCACCUGCAGACCGUCACACCACUAAACAGAUCGCAGGGAAGAUUAUCCCUGCAAUAGCAACGACAACCUCCUUGGUGACUGGCUUGGUUUGUUUGGAGACGUUGAAGAUAAUCGAUGGUAAAGACAAGCUGGAGGAGUACAAGAACGGUUUCGUGAACUUGGCGCUCCCCUUCUUUGGUUUCUCAGAGCCUAUCGGUGCCGCAAAAUACAAGUAUGGUCAAACCGAGUGGACGCUCUGGGACAGGUUCGAGUUCAGGAAUGACCCUACUCUUCAAGAUAUCGUCGCUUGGUUUAGAAAGGAACAUAGACUCGAGAUCACUAUGGUCAGUCAAGGUGUUAGCAUGCUUUGGAGUUCUUUUGUUGGGAAGAAAAAGAGCGAGGAGCGACUUCCUCUCAAGUUCAGCAAACUCGUGGAGCAUGUCAGCAAGAAACCUGUCCCUUCUCAUGUCACCUACUUCAUCGCCGAGGUGAUGGUGUCUGAUGAAGAAGGUGAAGACGUUGAGGUGCCGUUCGUCGUUGUUCGGAGAUGAUUUGGAAGCAGAAGAAUCGAGAUUGUACAGUAUAAUACGGGUCAUUUACGAUUUAGUGUACAAAUUCAAGAAGGUUAUGAUUUAAGACUAGACGAUGCAUAAUUCAUGCACUUGUUAACCCACU